AUGUUGCUAUCUAAUCUAAGAGCUCUCAGAUUCUUUUCUCAAGCCAAGCUAUUUACUCCUGGCCCUUUAAGCACCACUAUGACUGUAAAACAAGCAAUGCUAGUAGAUGUCAACAGAUCAAGACAUAUGGUUGAAGUAAAUCAAUGGCUCGAAAACACCUUACUGAGCAUUGCUGGCCUAUCCCAGCCUAAGUAUAGAGUUAUUUUCUUGCAAGGUUCUGGGACUUUUACAGUUGAAGGCAUGAUUGGAUCCACUUUUGACAGAACAAAGCGAGGCAAAUCUUUAGUUGUCGCGAAUGGUGCAUAUGGUGAAAGAGUUGCCAAAAUCUGCAAAAUCGUUGGGAUUCCUCAUAAGGUGCUCAGAUAUGAAGACAACCAAGUAGUCCGCCCAGAAGAUGUAGAGAGAGAAAUGGACGAUGAAGUUACACAUGUCUUUUGUGUCCACUCAGAAACAACCUCUGGACUCUUAAACCCAAUAGUUGACGUUGGGCAAGCUGUCAAAGGCAAGAAAAAAGAUGCGAUUUAUUUAGUAGACGCUGUCAGUAGCUUCGGAGGGGUAGAUUUUGAUUUUAAAAAGGCUGGGAUUGACUAUUUAGCGACUUCUUCUAAUAAGUUGCUGCAAGGCGUCCCUGGGUUUGGGAUUGUGUUUUGUAAUACUGAGCAUUUGGAUACUUGUGAAGGAAACAGUCAUUCUUGGGGAAUUGAUAUUUAUUUGAGGUACCAAGAGAUGCUGAGGACUGGGGAGCAUAUCAUGCUGACACCUCCAUUUCAGCCGAUUUUAGCUUUUAGACAAGCUUUAGAAGAGUUUUUAGCUGAAGGAGGUGUUAAAGCAAGACAGGCUAAAUACCAAAGAAAUCAAAGAGCCUUACAAGAAGAAAUGAGUAAGAAUGGGUUUCAGCUUUAUAUAAACCCAGCACACCAAGGCUGGAUAAUAAACACAUAUUUGCAGCCAAAAGACCCAAGAUUUAGCUUUCAGAAGCUUUAUAAUUAUUUAGCAGACAGAGGAAUGCUAAUUUAUCCAGGAAAAGUCGCAAAAGUUGAAUCUUUCCGAAUUGGGACAAUUGGAGAACUUACAGAAGCUGAUAUGAGACUGUGUGCUAAAUACGUCAGAGAAGCUUGUGAAGAAAUGGGAUUACAAUUUCCUUUAAAUAACUAA